AUGAAGUUCUCUUCCAGCAAGCUGGCCUUGUUGUCAGUGAUCCCUGGCUUGACCCAGUGGGCUUCUGCUCGCGUUGUUCAAUUUCAGAUCGAUCUGACAUAUGAGGAUCAUGAGGUCGCUGGAUUCGUGCGCAAAACUAUUCUCAGUAAUGGGCAGUUCCCUGGACCCCACCUGCAAUUGAAGCAGGGUGACGACGUGGAGUUCCUGGUGAACAACUCGAUGCCUAUGGCGACGACUGUUCAUUUCCAUGGUAUCGAGCAAAGAGGCACACCAUGGUCGGACGGGGUCCCCGGAUUGACCCAGGAACUUAUCCAGCCUGGAGAACAAUAUCUGUACACCUGGACGGCCAAUGACUAUGGCACCUAUAUCUAUCACUCUCACUCCAGAGCUCUGCUGGACGAUGGGUUGUACGGCUCAAUCUAUAUCGAACCGGCGGAGUCGGUGGAGAGACCGUUCGAUUUGAUCACCAAUGAUCCAGACGAAUUGCAGGCAAUGCUGGAUGCGGAACAGAGCACGCAGCCAAUCCUGCUCUCUGAUUGGAAGCACUUUGACUCCACGGACAUCCUACGGCUAGAGAAGGAAUCGGGCGUGGAAAGUAUCUGCACCAGUGCCGUUCUGGUCAACGGCAAAGGUUCCGUAUUCUGUCCCCCGCAGGAGCAUAUCAAUGCGAUCACGACGGCUGCUCAGAAAGAGAUUCUGGGGAAUACGACUUUGACUGAUAUGGGAUGCAUUCCUGCCGAAGUUCUCUUUGGCCCGGCAUAUCCGAUCGAUACCAGCAAGCUGCCAGAUGGCUAUUAUAAAGGCUGUACGGCCAGCAAGGGUCCUACCGAAGUUCUAAGCGUGGGCGCAGGCUAUCAGAGCUAUGACCUGAUCAGUAUGGGGGGUGUCACCUCCCUGGUGUUCUCUAUUGACGAGCAUCCCAUGUAUGUCUAUGCGGUGGACGGCCGCUAUGUUGAGCCCAUGCUGGUCGACGCUGUCACCGUACCUAUCGGGGCACGAUACUCGGUUCUUGUCAAGUUGGACCAGCCUGCUGCUGACUAUACUGUCCGUAUCGCCAACAACUACGCGACCCAGGCCAUCAAUGGCACGGCUAUCAUGUCCUACGAGAAGCAGGGCUCAAAUGCCUCCAGCGGCUCGAACCAGGUCUCUCAGCCUUCAAUCACCGAAGUCGGAAGCAAUGCCACGGCCAGUACAGUUUUCCUGAACGAGACCCAGGUGGUUCCUUUCCCCGUGGUAGCACCAGCUGUGGAUGUUGACCACACCUAUAUCAUUGACAUCGUCCCAUACAACGCCUCGUACACCUGGAUGAUGCACAAUGCCAGUUACGCGUCAUCGAAUGAGGGGCUUUUCCCGGUUCUUUACAACCGCAGCUCGAUCCCAGCGCAGUAUACAUUAUCCACGCUGAACAACACCUGGGUAGACCUCAUUAUCAACAUCACGACUGCUGGACAGCCAAAUCAUCCCAUCCACAAGCAUUCUAACAAGUAUUUCGUCAUCGGCUCGGGUCAAGAGACGUUUACAUACUCGUCAGUGGCCGAGGCCAUGCAGUAUAUCCCGCAGAACUUCAACCUGGACACACCUCAGAUGCGAGACACUUUCUUCUCUCCGCCGGCGACGACGGGCCCUACCUGGUUAGCCCUGAGAUACCAGGUGGUCAACCCAGGCCCAUUCCUGAUGCAUUGCCAUCUUCAGAUGCAUCAGAACGGAGGUAUGGCCCUUGCAUUGCUUGAUGGAGUCGACGCAUGGCCCAAUACCACUGAGCAUCGAAUGCCGGUGAAGGCCACGCCGUGAGGCAAGGGUAACUUUCUUUGCUUCAGUGUAUACAUGAUAUUCAUAGUAUUGUAUAUUCCUUGUACUCAUACUAAUAAUUGAACUUCUUUUCUUGCGUGCCGUUCCUUGUUUGGAGACUGAUAGACUAG